UUAUGACUGAGUAUUUAUAUAAACUAUAUUUUGUGAAAUGGACCAAAAACAUAGUCUCCGUAGCAACAUAACGAAAUGUGUUAUUUUGUUGGCUUUUACGCAAGAUAAUUGACUGGCGUUAGGCUAACCUUCAGGACACAGGCAGCUUUUGUACCGAAUGCCUCUCAAAUUGAAACCUUUUGAGCAGACAGAACCUUGAAGGGGGAGUCAAAAUCCCUUUAAUGAGAUGCACACACGACCCUGCACGUACACCAGCAGGGAGACGUGCGAUUGAAUGGUGGAAUUUUAAUCUGAACGAUGGCAUGGUUCAAGAGUUGGAACGUUCACAGGCGUGUCUUGAUUGAACUGAUGCGCUUUGCCGGAAACCGGGAGAAGAGGAGCACUUUUAGCACUGUCAUCGUCCCUCUGUCCCCUGCAGAUUUCCCCCUCCCUCUCCCCUCCCUGGCAGCAGCAGCAGUAGGGACAACCCAGUCAGCUGCAGGUCACAUGACUCCCCGUCUGCCUCUGACUGAGCAUGCUCAGGCUGCUCUGUGUUGUCAGGCAAAAAAUAAGACAGCAGAGGCAGUAGAGAUCUGCAAUAGAUAAACACAUAGCCCCUGUUGGACGGAGAGGGAGAGAGAGAGAGAAAAGAGAAAGAGAGGAAAAUCUAACCAAGGACAAAAAGAGGGAAUUCAACCACAAGCCGUGAAAUGGUGAAUUUGCGGCUGAGCUUCACCGAGGUGUUGUUUUAGAGGGGGGAUGUGUGUUUCGCCGUAGCCGAGGACAGCUGGAACGGGUCCUGAAGCAGGAGCGUCCGGAAGCGGAGCAGGAGCAGCAUCAGCAUCAACACCCCAACCCCUCCUCCUCCAACCAAACCCUGACUCCCCUCCCUCCAUCUCCUGAGGAGAACAGGACACCAUUAUCUGAAGGGAAGACCCUAAAGGACCUCACUCACUAAAAGAGAAAAGGACCCCACUGGUUACCAAAAUUUCUGGACGUUGCUCCAUCUCACCGGAGCUUUUAGCUGGAAUGGAUGCACAAGGCCGAAGCCUGACAGAACAACCACAGUGAAUGGCAGAUUCAAUGGAUGUCAAAGGCCAGUACUGGACUGAUGAGGAAUCUGAUGGUGACAAUGAGUCCGAGCAGUUCUUGUAUGGCAUCCAGGGGAGCUGUGCUGCCGACCUGUACCGGCAUCCUCAGCUUGAUGCUGAUAUCGAGGCAGUGAAGGACAUUUACACAGAGAGCGCCAUCUCUGUUAGGGAAUAUGGGACCAUUGAUGAUGUGGAUAUCGACCUCCAGAUCAAUGUCAGUUUCCUGGAUGAGGAGGUGGCGACCGCCUGGAAGGUCAUCAGAACAGAACCCAUCGUCCUGAGGCUACGCUUCUCCCUCUCACAGUAUCUGGAUGGACCAGAACCCUCAGUGGAAGUGUUCCAGCCCUCCAAUAAAGAUGGCUUUAGCCUGGGCCUUCAGCUCAAGAAGAUCCUGACCACGUUCACCUCCCAGCAGUGGAAGCACCUGAGUAAUGAGUUCCUGAAGGCCCAGCAGGAGAAGCGCCACAGCUGGUUCAAAGCCGGCGGAACCAUAAAGAAGUUCCGCGCCGGCCUCAGCAUCUUCUCCCCCAUACCGAAGUCCCCGAGUUUCCCUCUGAUCCAGGACACGGUGCUGAAGGGCAAACUGAGUGUGCCCGAGCUGCGAGUCACCCGCCUCAUGAACCGCUCUAUCUCCUGCACCAUGAAGAACCCCAAGGGGGAGCUCUUCAGCUACCCCCCCAACAGCCAGACUGUGGCUGUCCCGGCGGCCAGGGCCCCAGCGCAGAUUACCACGAGGCAGCUGAUUGAAUUGUUUUUCUCAUCCCAGGCGGGCGGACACUGCAAGAACAUCCCCACCUUGGAGUACGGCUUCUUAGUGCAGAUAAUGAAGUAUGCCGAGCAGCGUAUCCCCACUCUGAACGAGUACUGUGUGGUCUGCGACGAACAGCACGUCUUUCAGAACGGCUCCAUGCUCAAGCCUGCUGUUUGCACACGGGAGCUGUGUGUAUUCUCUUUCUACACUCUGGGUGUGAUGUCUGGGGCGGCAGAGGAGGUUGCGACAGGAGCCGAGGUGGUGGACCUGCUGGUAGCCAUGUGUCGUGCUGCCCUGGAGUCCCCCCGGAAGAGCAUAAUCUUCGAGCCGUACCCCUCUGUGGUUGACCCCAAUGACCCCAAAACCCUGGCUUUCAACCCCAAGAAGAAGAACUAUGAGAGACUGCAGAAAGCACUGGACAGUGUCAUGUCCAUCCGAGAGAUGACCCAGGGCUCAUACCUGGAGAUCAAGAAGCAAAUGGACAAGCUUGAUCCGCUGGCUCAUCCCCUUCUGCAAUGGAUCAUAUCUAGUAACAGAUCGCAUAUCGUCAAGCUGCCACUCAGUCGGCAACUGAAGUUCAUGCACACUUCACACCAGUUCUUGCUCCUGAGCAGUCCGCCUGCCAAGGAGGCCCGCUUCCGGACGGCCAAGAAGUUGUACGGUAGCACUUUCGCCUUUCAUGGUUCCCACAUAGAGAACUGGCACUCUGUUCUGAGAAAUGGACUAGUCAAUGCCUCUUAUACCAAGCUGCAGCUGCAUGGCGCAGCGUACGGCAAGGGCAUCUAUCUAAGUCCCAUCUCCAGUAUAUCCUUUGGAUACUCAGGGAUGGGGAAAGGACAACACCGAAUGCCCACCAAAGAUGAGCUGGUGCAGCGAUACAAUCGCAUGAACACCAUUCCACAGAGUCGGUGUAUCCAGUCUAGAUUCCUGCAGAGUCGAAACCUCAACUGCAUCGCGCUGUGUGAAGUGAUCACAUCCAAGGAUUUGCAGAAGCAUGGCAACAUCUGGGUGUGUCCCGUCUCAGAUCACGUCUGCACGCGCUUCUUCUUUGUGUAUGAAGAUGGCCAGGUGGGCGAUGCCAACAUCAAUACCCAGGAGCCCAAGGUCCAAAAGGAGAUCAUGCGAGUCAUCGGCACACAGAUCUACUCCAGCUGAGCAUGCUCAGAAAGGACUCUCCCCUCCCCCCUAACACACACACACACACGCACGCACACACGCACACACACACACACACACACACACACACACACACACACGCACACACACACACACAUGCACACACAUACACACACACACCCAUUCGUUAUGAAUCAACUCCUCCCUGUAAAGUCCCUCUGGUCCCUUAGAGACGGCCGGAUGGCUCAGGAAAAUCCUCCAGUCAGGAGGAAGAGACACUCCUUUACUCUCCUCGCUUCUCCUCCCUCUCCUCUCCUCUCAUCCCCUCGGUCUCGCAUACUUUUCAAACCCUGUCUUCGCUUCACUCGUUCGUUGACGUGUGUGUGUGUGUGUGUGUGUGUGUGUGUGUGUGUGUGUGUGUGUGUGUGUGUGUGUGUGUGUGUGUGUGUGUGUGUGUGUGAGGGAGGGAGGGAGGGAGGAGGAGUGUUACUCUGCUUCUAUCCUGGGUCCGAGGGUCCUUGAGGGGAUGAUUUGACCACGAGACUAACCCCACCCCUCACUCACACACACACACACACACACACACACACACACACACACACACACACACUGUACUGCAUCUCAACCCCCUCCUCCUGUGCUGCAUGGUUGUGGUGGUGUGUGUGUGUGUGUGUGUGUGUGUGUGUGUGUGUGUGUGUGUGUGUGUGUGUGUGUGUGUGUGUGUGUGUGUGUGUUUGGCCAGCUUUCAUGUGGCACACUUGAAAGGCAGCGUGUGUCAUCAGCAUGUCCCUGAAGAGAGCCAGUCAACUGCAGAUGCUCCGUGAGUGAAGGGGAGAGUCUCGGCUGAUCGCAGCCCACUCCUGCAGCAGGCAGGCAUCCCCCUCAGCACUGCUCCUGUUUCUCUUUCUCCUCCUCCUCCUCCUAAUCUCUCUCUCUCUCUCUCUUUCUCUCUUCUAUAGAAUCUGUUCUCUCUUCUCCUUAUAUACCUCUUUCUUCUUUCUGUUUUCAUUUUGAGGGGCUUGUCUACAGUCACACACUGCACACACUAUUCAGAGAACAACUCAUUCAAGAAUGGAUGAGCAUAUGGACACACACACACACUCACACACGCACACACACACACACACACACACACACACACACACACACAAACACACACACACAAACAGCCUUUCACAAGCUCGUUUUUUUAUUUCCGAUGAACUUCUGUCUCUCAAUCCUUGGUGUCAUUGCAUCUCAGUCAUAACAUAACAGUCUUGUUUGUCAGUGUUUACCAUCUCUCAUUGUGAAUAUCAAAAUGGAAGACAAAAAAUAAUAAUGGAAAAUGUUUAUUACCUUAUUUGUCUCUUGAUAGUAGAUGAUGGAUCGAUCCACAAGCUUUUUACAUUGUGUUUGUAAAGAUAUUUUCUCAGAGAUUGGUUUCUUUUAAUAUCUGUUGGGUAAUUUCAUAAACUAAGGACCAUGAUGCACUUACCUUCAGCUUUGUCACUGCUCAACAGUACCAUGUGAAAUCAAUUUCCCUUCAUAAAGGCUCGGCUUCAAAUGUACACAGUUCCGUUACAACUAUGUUCAAAUCUAUGCCCAGUUACUGUAAUAUAUAUAUAUUUCAUCAGAAUUUAGAUUUUUAAAAGGGCAUAAAACACCAAAUGGACCACAUGAUGAAAUGACAAAUGUGUGAUUUUGUCACUCAAUUUUGUAUUACAACAAACCAUUGGACGAGGGUGUAGGGCUGUUCUACGCUCAUGAAGUACACCUUUUAAUGGUGAACUCCAGAAUGAGUCAUGUUUUAAAAAAAGAUGCUUAGUUCUUGUUACUGGAACCAAUCUUGUCAACAUCUCUCAGUUUUCUGAAAUAAAUCUUUCAUGACCUCAUAGACAAUGAAAUGUCGGUCCACUGUAAGAGAUAGGAAGUUGAUGUGAGGUUCAAUGUCUGGUCCAUCAAGACGUUACAUUUAGUUAAAGGUUUGACGUUUGAUCGUGGAUGGACAUAGCACUUUACACAGCCUCUAUAGAACCUAUAUGGCCUAUACACUUCAAAAUACACACCUUCUUUCAAACUGUCCUCUAAUCAAUGAUGUCCUCUUAUGUAAGCUGCAAAUGCGUUGAGUAGACAAGAAUGUUAAAGGCCAGCUGCCAGGGAACUGUAUAGAGAACUAAUGACACUGACCAGGAACACAAUAUCUGGAGUGAUUAAUGGUGUGGCAUCUGGUUUUGCUGUCCACGACUGGUGGACAGUGUUCUUGAGGGACACCAGUGUACAUUUCUGUAAUUAUCCUUGUCUUUUUCUCUGUCAGUACUCUGUGGUCAUGGAGAUGGAGAUGGUGAAAGCAAAAGAAUGAAUAAAAAAUUGGUUUUGCACAAUUUUAA